CCUCGGGCCGCCCCAGCCCGCGGCUCCGCGGCACCGCGCCGCCCUCCGCCCUCCCGCCGCAGUCCGCGCGCCGCCCACCGACGGCCCAUGGCCAAGCGGCGUGCGGCCGAGCCGCUUGCGUUCCGCGUGCCGUGGAAGCGGCUCCUGCUCGGCGACCUCCCCGAAGACCCUCCUCUCUGGCUUCCGCCGUCUGGGGUGUCCCGGCCCCGAAAGCGCCAGGGGGACGCGGGGACCAUGGCGGAGCCGGCGGCUGCACCCCGCAAGCGGCGCGGAGGCGGGGACGGCGGUCAGGAGCUGCAGGGCCGGGGCCUGGAGCCGGGAGAGCCACCCCCGGGCCAGCAGGAGGAAGCCCGGGUCAGCCUGGCCCCGGGCGGCGGCGGCGGCGGCGGCGAUCGGCUGGACAGCGCGGGCAGUCCGCAGGGAGUCGACGGGGCGCACGACCAGCACAGCGAAGAGUUUUGGCAGUAUAACACAUUCCAGUACUGGAGGAACCCUCUCCCGCCCAUCGACCUGGCAGCUCUUGAAGACGUGAGCGCAGACAUCCUGGCAGGACCACUUCAGGACAAGAAUGACGGAGUUGAGAUUGACAUGGAGUCCUGACAGACAGAAAGAGUAUGAGGAGACCCAAAGGGAAAGUGAUUUUCCAUACUUGACAUGAUACUGUUUUUCAAACCUGAAAAAUGAGGAAGAGUUUUGAGGCUAAACAACUGACUCUCCUAAUGGAGAUUUGUCAAGGAAACACAGUACAGCUGGAGACAAAAUACUUUGUGUCUGCAUUUUUAAUGAAAAAAAAAAAAAGAUUUAUUCGUGCUCUGACUUUGAAGGCAUUUAUCUUGGAAAAAGGGGUUAUGGCGGUUUUAGAGGAAACACUCAGACCUUCCUGUCUUGUUCUGUCAGGUGUUUGCACCAGAAAGCUUAUUUGUGGUACAUGGAAUGUGUACAUUUAUCCAGCUGAUGUGAAUAAAAUGCUUGCUGCCUGGCUCCCUUGGUUGAACAAAUAGACUUGAGUAUCUAUGCAAAUUUAAAAGAUGGGAUUGUUAAGGAAGGCUAAUACUGCUUUAAGAGAGUGUAAAUUUAAACUAGUGAGAAUUUCCACUUGGGGAGCUUGUUUUAACUUUCAGUAUCUGCUGUUUAUUAAAAUACUACAGCCAAUGGACCCAGCCAAAAAAAUGGAUCAAGAGCAGUAGGAAGCACAUGCCUGCCCCUCCUUCCCUUUUCUGACACAAAAGGAAAGAAGUGAUACCUUCAGUUUAUUGAUUUUUGUUUUGAGGACAUUUUUGUUACUGUUGAUUACUCUAGACCUGUAGUUCUCAACACUGAUAGCACUUUACCCAUCUCUGCUUGAGCCUCACCCUCAAGAGAUUUCAUUCAGUGAUUCGAACAUGACUUUACACGUAGGUUUUUGCGCUGAUGCUGUAUUCCUGUGCUGUGCAGGCAGGGCCAGAGCCACUAGACUAGUAGCUUUUCCUGUUUAAAGGAGACCCUAGUGUGAGCUGAAGCAAUGCUGUUGAUUACUUUUGUUUUUAUCUUGCUGUGUUAUUUGAUUUGUCCCCACUAAGUUAUUAUGUUAGUUUUAUUGUUAAUAAAGUACACUGUUUAUGUUUGA